AUGAAAGUUCAAACUAAAGUAUCAUCUUCAACUCUCGACAUCGACAUCGACAUUGAUUGUCUUAUGAUUUUUACGAUGCAGCGUCAAUUCACCUUUUACAUUUCAAAAUUCAUCAUUAGAGACUUGAACAAGAAGAAAAAAGUUAAAGCUAAAGUUACCAUUGUUGAAUCUUCAUAUUAG